AUGGAACGAAAAGACUGGCUUCAUAUGGGAAAAACGCCAAUAAUGGAAGAUCAGGGAGGCUGUGGAAAUCCUCUUCCAAAGAAACCUUAUGAACAGGAGAUUGGAAGAGGAAAGAGUCAGCUAUACUUUCGCGUACUGCCUGAGCAGACUUGGAGGUUUAGUGAAAGCAUCAAAAAGAAGACGCUUGGAUCCAGGACAACUGUUCAACAACAGGAAGAGACAUCACCAAAGAGCGGAUCAUGA